AGCCUGAUAUCGUCUCCUCGGACACCAAAAGAUAACAAGCCCUGAUAUCGUCUCCUCGUCUCCUCGGACACCAAAAGAUAACAAGCCUGAUAUCGUCUCCUCGUCUCCUCGGACACCAACAACAGUGAAAGUCAAGUGUAGUUUAUUGUCGUUCCUGUAUCCUAAACAUGUCUCCAUCGAGGUCUGUUGAGGCUCCUUUCUCCAGUGGGCAGUAUGUGUCUUGUCAGUCUGUGCCUGUUCCUCUGUCCAUCUCCUUCUCUGGAUCGGGGUUCCUGGCUACGUACCAGUUGGGUGUGGCCCAGAGCAUGCUGGACCGGUCCCCCUGGGUGCUGCAGGCGGCCCCUAAGGUCAUGGGGGCCUCAGCCGGAUCCCUGGUAGCCGCGGCCGUAGUCUGUGGAUCCAGUCUGGACAUGGUGCGAGAUGAGAUGCUGAGGUUUGUGCGGCAGAUGAGGGGCCAUGUCCUGGGGCCGCUGCAUCCUGCGGGGAACGUGUCUGUGUGGAUAGAGCGCAUGCUGCGCCUCUUGCUACCGGCCAACGCCCACAUCAUGGCCAGCGGACGCCUGGCCAUCGCCAUGACGCGCAUCCCAGACGGACAGAACAUCAUGGUGUCAAAGUUCACGUCCAGAGAGGACGUGGUACAGGCGCUGUUGUGCGGUUGCUUUCUGCCUGGGUACUGCGGUAUACAGCCACCAAGUUACAAAGGAGUGCAUUACGUGGACGGGGGUUUCUCCAGUAUCCAGCCGACCAACUCCUGCCCGAUUGGCCACACCAUCACUGUGUCUCCAUUCGCUGGUGAGACGGACAUCUGCCCAAAAGACCCCGCCCCACUGUGUGACCUCGUGGUGAGCGGAGCGAACCUCCACUGCAGUCUUGUCAACGGUUAUCGGAUCCUAGACGCCAUCUACCCCUACAACUGGGAGGCUCUGGACAAGGCCUACCACAGUGGAUACAGAGACGGCCUUCACUUCCUACAAACCAGUGACCUGGUCCCAUGUCUGCCUCUUCUUAACACCCCAUCAGAGCCACACUUCUCACCUCCUCCUAAUGGAUGGACAGAUCUGGAGACAGACCAGGAGGAGGAGGAGGAGGAGGAGGAGGAGGAGGAGAAGGAAGAGGGAAAGCAGAAAGAAGAGGAGGAACAGGUAGAGAGGAGGCAGAUGAAGAGAUGGGAGCAAGAGGAGUAUGAAGAUGAUGAAGAGGAGGAGGAGGAGGAAGAAGAAUGGGUAGAUGAGGUGAAUGUGUGGUCCUCCCUGGCAGAGACCAGAGGCAGUCAGAGAAACUCUUCUCUUGAAGGGGGAGAUCUACCUUGGCAUCUGUCAACCCUGGAGCAGGUCAUGUACCUAGCGCUGCCCACCUGGAUAAACACAGCGUUGCUAUGCAACAUCAUGGGGUUGCCGUGGACUCACUCCCUACUCCGUGUGAUGUCACACCUGCUCCUCCCCUUCACCGUGCUACUCAGCUUCCUGAUUGAAAAUACACACAGGAUGGGAGUUUUAGGGUUCUGGCUGUGGCAGGAUCUACGCCAGAUCACCUUCUAUUUCAUGGACAUCCUGGUCUCCAGCCUCCGUAGAAACCUACAGGACAGGGUACUACCUCCUCUCUUCCUGCCCGUGAUGACAGAGGUGCGGGCGGAGUAUGAGGGUCUGGGAAAGACCCCCCAGGGACAGCUGUGUUCCACCCUCCGCCUCCACCUCUCCUCCCUCACCUCUUUCUCAUCCCCCUCUUCAUCCUCUCCUCCCUCACCAGACUCCAACCAGUACACGAUCUUACUCCGCUUGGAUCUGGAGCGAGGGGAUGUAGAGAGGGAGGGAGAGGAGGAGGUGGAGACGACCCCCACCAUACCUCUCUAUCCUGGGCUGAAAGAGGGGAGGAUGAAGAGAGACCUUGGUUGAACCCUGAAGCACCCCAUCCUAAUAAAACAAACCUUGGUUGAACCCUGAGGCACCCCAUCCUAAUAAAACAGACCUUGGUUGAACCCUGAGGCACCCCAUCCUAAUAAAACAAACCUUGGUUGAACCCUGAGUCACCCCAUCCUAAUAAAACAGACCUUGGUUGAACCCUGAAGCACCCCAUCCUAAUAAAACAGACCUUGGUUGAACCCCGAGGCACCCCUUCCUAAUAAAACAGACCUUGGUUGAACCCUGAAGCACCCCAUCCUAAUAAAACAGACCUUGGUUGAACCCUGAGGCACCCCAUCCUAAUAAAACAGACCUUGGUUGAACCCUGAAGCACCCCAUCCUAAUAAAACAGACCUUGGUUGAACCCCGAGGCACCCCUUCCUAAUAAAACAGACCUUGGUUGAACCCCGAGUCACCCCAUCCUAAUAUAACAGAUCUUGGUUGAACCCUGAGUCAUCCCAUGCUAAUAUAACAGAUCUUGGUUGAACCCACCCUGAAGGCACAACCUUCAGAAAUCAGAAUUAAAAAAAAAACAAUCUGUUUGAGUGGACUAAAAUAGUUGUCUACUGACCAAAAUAUUCAAGGCCAAGCAUUAAACUUCCUAGUCUCGAAACAGUUUGCGUAUAUAUUAAGAUGUCAUAUCGUUUCGGUGCUCAGAAUAGUUUUUGUUGUUGAGGCUUGUCGAAAUUCGGUAGCCGAAGUGUACGCGCCCCUUCGUUGGUUAUUGGCCAACAGCAGGGAUUCUUCAGUGAAGUGUGUCUUGUCGUUCAACGACAGACGAUUCAUUUUCAUGCACAUUUUUCACUUGAGAAAUACUGCACCGACAUCUUAGUUAGAUGUAGAAUUGUGUGACUAAGAUCUUCUCGGCAAAAAAAAACCGUCAAAAUGAAUUACCGAUUUCUCGUUCUGCUAGGAACAAACCAAACCUACUGUAUGUAUGCAGACUCCUUGAGUCAAUGUCAGCCUAGUCGACUCCCAGGGGUCAAGGAGUCGAGGGAAUCGACUCUUUAUUGUAGUCGACUCCCAGUGGUCAAGGAGUCGAGGGAAUCAACACUUUUGGAGUCAACUCCCAGUGGUCAAGGAGUCGAGGGAAUCAACUCUUUUAGAGUCGACUCCCAGUGGUCAAGGAGUCGAGGGAAUCAACUCUUUUUGAGUCGACUCUCCACCACUAUUAUCAACUGCCCCAGUGAAUUGCCAACUUUUCAGUCACAAUUAGCUUUUUUUCAUGUAAUUAUUUGCAUGAUAUUGAUCAAGUGAAGGUAGGCCGGAAAAAUAAUAUAGAAGCUAGCUAUUGUUUAGGUAGUGUUGCCUGACGUCAGCAUCCAGCUAACUAAUUAGCUAACUUAGCUAGUAAGUUAGCUUGUAUUUGGGGAGGAUGCAGACAAUUUGUUUAGCAUUGCUACCUAGCUCUGUAUAAUAUGAAUGGCACUGUAUAAUAACGUUACUGUUGUAUUCGUAUGAGAGGGGUAAACGUUCAUUUUUGCGACGCUGAAAUUACUUGAUGAAGCAAAUGUUGUUAGCUAACGUUCGCUAGCUAGCUAACAGCUGAGUGUAUAAAUGAGAAAAUAAACCAUUGAAACGUC